AUGGCGAUACUGUACGCUCUUGUGGCGCGUGGAUCGGUUGUUCUGGCGGAAUACAGCCCCACGACGACGACGGCAAACGCUAUUGCCCGGCAAAUCCUCGAAAAGAUCCCCGGGAACAACGACAGCAAUGUUUCCUACUCUCAGGAUCGGUAUAUUUUCCAUGUCAAACGGACUGAUGGACUCACCGUACUUUGUAUGGCCGAUGAUACUGCCGGACGGAGAAUCCCUUUUGCAUUUCUGGAAGAAAUUCAUCAAAGAUUUGUGAGAACAUAUGGCAGAGCUGUAUUGUCUGCCCAAGCGUAUGCAAUGAAUGAUGAAUUUUCAAGGGUAUUGAGUCAACAAAUGGAGUAUUUCUCUAAUGAUCCAAAUGCUGACAGAAUAAACCGUCUAAAAGGCGAAAUGAGUCAGGUGCGCAGUGUCAUGAUAGAGAAUAUUGAUAAAGUUUUGGACAGAGGUGAUCGAUUGGAGUUGCUGGUUGAUAAAACGUCCACUAUGCAAGACAACACUUUUCGCUUCAGGAAGCAGGCUCGACGUUUUAGAAGCACUGUUUGGUGGAGAAAUGUUAAGCUAACGGUUGCAUUGAUAGUCCUUCUCCUGGUUAUAGUGUAUGUUGUUUUGGCUUUUGUUUGUCAUGGGCUUACUCUUCCAACUUGUCUGAAGUGA